AUGGCAAGGGGCCGCACAUCCGUAUCACGCGGCCAGCCAGCCAAAAGGACGGGGAGAGUGUCGAGGUCAGCAAUCAUGAAACAGCGGAGCAUCAAAGUGAAAACGGGUGCUCACACAGAGACUCGUGUAUACCCCGAACAGCUCUUCGAAGACCGCUGUCCCAGUGCUCGGCUUGUGGACGGCCGUGCAAUGCGCGAGGAUCCGCGUGAGCGCGUCGGGGUCGCUCUUGCUGGACUUCGGCCGAAGGGAAGGGGACCAUCCGUGUGGGCGGAGACGAGGCCUGGCAGGAUGUGCAUCGAAAAGGAGAGCCGGCGCCGAGAGGGUAUCACAUCGAGGGUUCAGCGACCGAGUGACGUUUGCGGGGAGCAAAACACGUCGGCGGGUAGCGCACGUUGGGAUGGCAUCAUGGCAGCAUCCGCCACUCGAGAUAUCAGAGUUCUCGCCGACACGGCGCCAGAGAUCAGCUAG